GCAUUUCCGGCGCGCAGCGGGCGGCCAUGUUGGAGCAGCUGAGGCGGCGCAGAGGCGCGUCUUGGGUCCCCGCGGCGGCGCCGGUGCCGAGCACUGGUUUGUGGAUAUCCAGGCAGAUCUGCAGUGCCUAAUGCCAUGAGUGUGGUGGUGCAGCAUGUGGAGGAAAAAGCUGUGCACUCCUGGUCGCGUAUCUCCACGGCAGGGAAGAAGGCCCUGGAAGAGGCGCUGCUUGUCUUUAACCCUAUGAGCCAGGAUCUCAGUGCCACAGAGGCCCAGCUUGUGGCCUUUCUGCAGGGCCUGCGAGAUGAUGGCUUCCAACCUACCAUCCUGCGCAGUGGUGACGUGUAUGGCUAUAGUUCAUGCACAGCCAAACCCCCAAGCCAGACAAAGCUGCAAGCUCGUGCUCCCAAUCCAGCUACCACAUCACCUCCAGCCAGUGCUCCUGGAACUGCCAUGCGGUUGCCUGCAGGGCGGGCCACAUUACUCUCUAUGCCACUAUCUGGCAGACUGGCCAAAGCAUCCACACCAGCCCUUGCCAAACAUGCUACCACCAACCUGCUAUUGAGCUCCCUGAAGCAAUCAAGUGCCAACCGUGUCCGGGGUACAACAGUGGGCUUCCCCACCCACCUCUAUCCAGGGGUCUACCCUGCCAUGAGGCUCUCUGUUGUCCUUGAAGCCCUGGUUCCACUCAAGACUCCUAUGCCCUGUUUGGGUGCCAAACACAAGGCACAGUCACUGAGGUUCUCACUUGCAGACUCUCUGAAACUGCGGAAAGGUUCAGGGAAGGGUCCAGGGAAGCCUCUGUCCAAGGCUCCCAGAAAAACCACAAAGAGGGGCCCCAAGUGUCUGACUCAUAAAGGCCCUGGUGCUGGACCCCAACAAGGCACUGGGUACCAGAGCAAGACCUACAAAGUCACCGGGUCACUCAGUGGCCUGGGAAUGAAGGGGGGUUCUGCCCUGGGUACCAAAACAGCCCCGGCCAAGGCAACUCAAAUACUGGCCAGAGCUACUUGUACGAAGGCCAAGGUGGCUCAAACGCAGGCUAAGACUGCCAAGGCCAAGGCUGCACAGGCGAGGGCCAAGGCUGCACGGGCCAGGGCCAAGGCUGCACGGGCCAGGGCCAGGGCCAGGGCCAGGGCCAGGGCGGCACGGGCCAAGGCCAAAGCAUUGCAGGCCAGAGCCAAGGCCAAGGUGGCUUUGACUCAGUCCAGGGGCAGAGGCAGGCCAAAGAGCUCUGCUCCGGCCAGAACUGCAAGGAAGGGCCAGAACAGCUGCCCCGAGACUUUUGGGCAGAAGAGGAAAAGGGCCGAGGAGGCAAAAGAUCUUCCUCCCAAGAAGAAAACACGGCUUGGCCCCCAGUCUAAGGCACAGCUAGGGCCUGGAACAGUGAAGCUGCUAAAAUGUCAUGCCAUUAAGAUAGAUAAGCGCUCCUCGGAUGAUGAGGUGCGGCAGCGGGCUCAACGGAUCCUCCAGAUGAACCUGUCUCCUGUAAUACGGCUCCAGCCAUUGCUUCCAUAUUCGGCACCCUGAUUCCUUCACACAGCAAUGUUUGGGGAAACAGCCCAGCUAUCUGUGUGGCCAGUGGCACAGUGUGCUAUGUCCAAGGACUCCACAACCUCAAGGACUCUGGAUACCUCUCCAGGGUCCUGACAGCCACCAGCCUCCUUUCAGAAACUGGAGGAUGUAGGGUGGGGUGGGUGGGUGGGAGGGAUGUUCUUAUGGCGCAAUGCACUGUGACUUGUUUUUCAAGUUGUAUGUCCACUGUUC